CCGGAGUGAGCUAGCAGCCAUGUCUUACAUCCCGGGCCAGCCGGUCACUGCUGUAGUGCAACGGGUUGAAAUCUAUAAAUUGCACCAAGGGGAUAAUCUGAUCCUUGGCUUCAGCAUUGGAGGAGGAAUCGACCAGGACCCGGCACAAAACCCUUUCUCCGAGGACAAGACAGACAAGGGUAUCUAUGUGACACGAGUAACAGAGGGAGGCCCUGCGGAGGUGGCUGGACUUCAAAUUGGAGACAAAAUAAUGCAGGUAAAUGGAUGGGACAUGACAAUGGUAACGCACGACCAGGCAAGGAAACGCCUCACCAAGAAAAAUGAGGAGGUUGUCCGGCUGCUUGUGACCAGAAAAUCCUUGCAAGAGGCUGUGAGACAGUCCAUGAGACCCUAAGCAUCACAUUCCCGAGAGUCUGAAUCUCUUAGCUACACAGGUGUACUUACCCGGACACAUUUCAGUUCUGUAUUACACACACCAGCAGCACAUUGCAGGGCUAUAGGUUGCUGGCUCCUUUCUGUCCCUCCCAGGCUACUGCUUGUUCCGCACCAAAACAAACCAAAAAGAAUUCUAAUGUGCCUGGCUCCCAUUGGCCUAAAUUCUGCCCGUCUUUAUCCUUGCAAAUGAAAGAGCAAUUUCUUACUGCCCCAGUAGAAAAGCACACAUCUUUCCACUGCAAAGAUAAAGCAGGUAGGUAUCUCCUAUGCGAUUCCCAGUUCACUUUUUUAAUACUUUCAGGUGUUAAGUUGCUUCUAUUGGAGCAACCACAAAUAUGGGGACUUUAUUUUACAAAAUUCAACAUGUAAACAGAGGUCCCUGUAUCACUGGUUUAUACACAGAUUUGUACUUGCAGAGCAAAUAGUCUCUUCUAGGAGGGGAAGUAGAGUUUGUACUGAGUCAUCCUCGCCUUUCAGCAUUUAUCACAAGGGCUGCCAUCAGCAGUCUCUGGGUACAGCCUGGGUCACUGCCUCUAAUUACCGUCAGGGUCAAUCAGCUGAAUCAAUAAAUGCUUAAUCUAGGCAAAAUUUGUAGGUGUAAGCGCUCUUAUCAAUUUGACUUUUUUCAUGAUAUUACCAGUUACUACACUGCUGAUGUGAAUGUGUAACAGGAGUGCCCCCUGUUUUUGGGCCCAGGUAAGGGCCAGACGAAUGGCAAAAGAUUAAUUUACAGAAGCAGAAAGCCUCCUGUCGCUUCUCUGCUCAGUUUUAUUCUUACCCUCUUGGCACAUUACAAGAGACAACUGGACAAGAACCCUACCCUGAGCCCAAUCAACAGGGGACACUCUGAUAUUAGCAGUGUUAAAACUGCCAAUGUCGUCAAAUCUAAAACAAAAUUUACCUAUAAAUUGCAAAAGUGCUCAGAAGAGCAUUCUGGACAAUUUUACAUUGUUCCAUUUAGGGUAUGUGUCUCUUUGAGGGGCUUCAAGACCUAGUGCUGUCAGAGGUUACUGACUUUGGCGCCCAACUGGCCAAGGUUUAAUAGGAGAAUCCAGGAAAUAGAUUGCCCAGGGAAUAUACUGCUUUGUUACUGGUGUUACUACAGCACAGACAAUCAGACAAGUUCCCCUGUCCCCUUUUAUCUAUAUCUCUAGCAAUUCAUAUGCAGUCCCACUGCCACCAGCAACUGACUGGCCUGUACUAAUUUAUAUAAAUAUAUAUAUAUGAAACCACUCCAUAUAGCUAGUUUAACUGUCUUGUAUCAUUUCCAGUUUUAACUGUACUGUAUGUACUUUGCAUUACUUUUCUAAAUUUCUGACCAAACGAUAUUCCUAGGCUUGUAAUAAACUGCUUUUGAUUGUGGCAAGACACUCCUAUAUGUUUAUGUUCAUCAGUUGAGACUUCUCCAGUUUGGACCAGAAUGAGUUAAUCUUUCCCAGAAGCUGUUUUGCCUGUGUGCAUUACAUCAGUAAGACUGGAAUCAUGAUUUUCCUGUACGGACGUGACUAAUGUCUGUAUUUGUCUAGUAAGUCAGUGGCUGCUUGAGUUCUGGUGUAUGACCUGCAGCAUGUUUCAUUUGGACCAAUGAGAAUUCAGAACUGGAGAACGCUACGCUACUGGCAGGCCAAGCUUUUAUAGAAUUGUAACUGUGGCUGAAGCUGUCUACCCAGUCACAUGGAAACAUAUUAGGCUGCAUAAUGUGAACAAAUCCUUUGCCGUUUAAGUUCCACAUCCUCUCAUGGGGCCCCGCAGCAGUUCUUGUUUUAUCACAAGUUGCAGAAUGACAUUGAGUGAUAGUUUGUAUAAAGCUUUUGUUAGAAACACUAAAGUGCCUCUUCCUACUAUCGGUGCAGGGCAGGCUGUGCUACCCAUUGCUGCCAGUCUUGCUAAUGCCCACAUGUGAGUCACAAAACAGAAAUUCCAGUCCUGUUGGAGCUCAGUAGGUGCUAUUGCUCAUAUCCUUUUUAUAUGGGAAUAUACUCUUAGGAGUCUGAUUGUUUGAUAUGACAGGCAAGGGUGUCACUAUUAUUCUUGCUUGUGUGCUUUAUUCCAUAUGGGACCCCAGUAUCACAAUUUGUAACUGAAUUAAAGAGGAAAAAAUGUUUUUAAAAUAAUCAUUCGGGUUGAUGGUAAAUACCCCUUCAUACAGCAAUAUAAAACCUUAUUGUUUUUAUUGCAAACAGUUUCAUUAGGUGAAAGCAGCCAAUAGACGUGCAUGUAUAGAUUACCAAAUAAACACUAGAUGUUACAUUUGAUAUUUUUUCAAAACCCCUAUAUAGGUUAUAGCUAUUUGUUUUUUGGGAAAAGCAUGUCUGAAUUACUAUAUCCAGCUUGAAUGGGAACUGAAGCUCACCAGGAGCUUUUGCCUGCCGGCCUACUGCAGUGUGUAGGGAUGGGUUCCCUGUGGGACCUUGGCCUUUAAAGCUGCACUCUAGCCCCAAUGACCAAAGGAGGAAAAUCGUGUAAUUUAGGCUUCUGAGUGCUAUGGACCCCUGAGAUCCAGACUGAUCCCUAACAAAGUCAGCUUCAGAGAGAGGGCUGCUUAAACCACUAAGUUGCACAUUUCAUUAAUGUUCCUGUUUUGUAUGCGUUUUGCACACGUUUGUGUUACUUUCACUACUCAAGCUGUAGGUAGUGUCCCUGCUGCUAGACGUGCACACUAAUGUCCUACUUCAUUUGAACCAGUGCUGGCCCCCAGCCCCAGAUUCACUUGACUUGCAUUUCCAGGCCACUGACAGACUUAGUUACUAUUCUACAUAAACCUAGGGCUUAUCUGACCAAACACAUGGAUAUGGUUGGACGUUUCAGGCCUUCUUACCUCUCGAACAACUGCAUUUACUGGCUAAUGUUAUCUGCUUGUUCACACCUAGUCACUGGCUUGCCCUAUAAUCCAUCAACAUUGGACGGGUGGUCUGUUUGCGUAUUGUUCUUGUUGCUAGGUCUACAUGACCCUAGCAAUCAGACAGGUUUGAAUGACACAUGAAAGCUUUAUUGAGUGACGUGAUUUAAAGUAUUGGUAAUCACUAAUUUCUAUGCCAGCAGAUAAAGUGUGUGAGUUUUUACCUGACAUUACAGUAGUAGAUUGCAGAGAUCUGUGCUUUCCUGUUUGCUUUCCCUUUGACCAAUGUGCCAAAAAGUCUUUAUACUUUGUAAAUUACUGGGAAAAGGGGGGGAGAUUUGUUAUUCUGCUUUUCUAUGUGGACACGUUUGCUGAAUAAAAUCUACCUUACUUUGAA